AGUUCAUUGGUGGCUAGAGAAAAAGAAAAAAAUUAACAGAAAAAAAGCCUAUGACUAUUCUACCAUAGCAGACUUGACUUUACCAAUAAGGUUUAUGUGGACCAACAUUAGAGCUUGGUCACAAGUUUACAACAUUCUUUUCGUAACCAUAUAACACUCUCUAGACUCCAAAGUCUUCAGACUUCACCACCUCCCGUUCCAUCUCCGGCACCGGACCUCACCGGAGAUCACCCCCAUUUCCGUCAAUCCUCGCCGCCGCGACCAUUCCAAUCACACUCUCCGCCAGAUCGAAGAUUCCAUGUCGCGGCUCUGAAUCGGAGGGUUAGGGUUAGGGUUUGCGUGGCGCGAUGGCUCGGACCAGAUCGUCGUCGACGCGAUUGAGGUACUGUAACCCGGCGUAUUACCUGAAGCGGCCGAAGCGCUUGGCUUUGCUUUUCAUUGCGUUUGUUUGCGCUACUCUCAUCGUCUGGGAUCGUCAGAGCCUCGUCAGAGAGCACGAGGAAGAAUUAUCCAAGCUGAAUGAAGAAUUGAACCAUUUGAAAUCUUUGCUUGAAGAUUUGCCGAACGGCAGGGCUAGUGAGAAAGAGGUUGUUCCGGAUGACCCAAUUGAUGUUCAAAGAAGAGAAAAAGUAAAAGAAGCUAUGAUUCACGCAUGGAGUUCAUAUGAGAAGUAUGCGUGGGGCCAAGAUGAGCUUCAGCCGCAAACAAAGAAUGGUGUCAAUAGCUUUGGUGGUCUUGGUGCAACACUAGUAGACUCUCUUGACACACUUUACAUAAUGGGUCUUCAUGAGCAGUUUCAGAGAGCUAGAGAGUGGGUUGCAACCUCAUUGGAUUUUGACAAGGACUAUGAGGCUAGUGUAUUUGAGACAACCAUAAGAGUUGUAGGUGGACUUCUCAGUGCGUAUGAUCUCUCAGAAGAUAAACUUUUCCUUGAUAAAGCUAGAGAGAUUGCAGAUAGAUUGCUGCCUGCAUGGGAUACACCUAGUGGGAUCCCUUACAACAUUAUUAACUUGGCACAUGGCCGCGCACACAACCCUUCAUGGACUGGAGGGGAAAGUAUCUUAGCUGAUUCUGGGACGGAGCAGGUGGAGUUUAUUGCUCUUUCUCAGAGGACAGGAGACCCAAAGUAUCAGCAAAAGGCUGAGAAUGUUAUAGUGCAGCUGAACAAAACUUUCCCUGAUGAUGGUUUGCUUCCUAUUUAUAUUGAUCCUGACAAAGGAACAGCAGGAUAUGCAACCAUUACCUUUGGUGCCAUGGGUGACAGCUUUUAUGAAUAUUUACUCAAAGUUUGGAUACAGGGGAACAAAACUUCAGCUGUGAAGCCUUAUAGAGAUAUGUGGGAGAAAUCAAUGACAGGUCUGUCCAGCUUGAUCAGGAGAACAACACCAUCGUCUUUUGCAUAUAUAUGUGAGAAGAAUGGAAAUACUCUGACAAAUAAGAUGGAUGAACUAGCAUGCUUUGCUCCAGGAAUGCUGGCUUUAGGAUCAUCUGGUUAUGGUCCUGAUGAGUCUAAAAAAUUCUUAUCACUUGCAGAGGAUCUUGCUUGGACAUGCUAUAAUUUUUACCAAUCAACACCAACAAAAUUAGCUGGGGAGAACUAUUUCUUUCAUGCAGGGCAGGACUUGAGUGUGGGUACUUCAUGGAAUAUAUUAAGACCGGAGACGAUUGAAUCACUCUUUUAUCUAUGGCGUUUGACUGGAAACAAGACAUACCAAGAGUGGGGCUGGAAUAUAUUUCAAGCAUUUGAAAAGAACUCCCGUAUAGACUCAGGAUACGUUGGACUGAAAGAUGUUAACACUGGUGUGAAAGACAAUAUGAUGCAAAGCUUCUUUCUUGCGGAGACUCUCAAAUAUCUCUAUCUUCUCUUUUCACCCACCUCAGUGAUUUCUCUAGAUGAUUGGGUUUUCAACACAGAGGCUCACCCACUGAAAAUUGUGACCAGGCAUGAUGGAAAAAGUUCUGGAGUUACACGUGAUAGACCGAAGAUUAGAUUGCGUGGCAGGAAGGAAGGUCGACCAUGAGAUGAACACGGUUUUUGUUGCUGUUAACUAUUCUGGUUGUUACCAAGUGUAAUAUUCUAUGUUACAGUAGGAUAAUAUAUUUCCUUUUUUAGAUAAAAGAGGGUAAUAUAUUUUUAGUCCUACAAAAGAUGUCAGUUUUUGUACGAGUAAAUGAAACGGCUCGACAAAUUUCACCUGCUGGUCUGGUGGAAGUUGUACUCAUAUGGCUCUUCAUAUAGAUUGAUGGACAUGUAACUUUGAUAUAGUCAUCAUCUCUCAUACGAAAGUAGAUGUUUUAUGUUAGUUUUGUUUUGGUUUUUCCCCUUAUUUUGACGUGUAUUAUUACUCAAAUUUAAGCGAGUGGUGUCUACUAUUAUUAUUGU